AUGAUCAAAUUCUCUGUGUCGGCACAUAAACAGUCAAGUGUCAACAAAACAGGGAGGACCAAGAAGAGAACUUCUCCGUCAGGAGUCAGUGUCCGGGGUAGGACGUCAUACUCGAGGCUUUUGGGACAACGUAUACUUUCUCUUAAUUCCAAGCUCUGUGAAACUUCUCAAACUAUAAGGCAAUGGAGACUAAUCAGAAAGAGCCAGAAGGCAGGGAGCCUGCUGCCAACAACCAACCCCCAGAUGCUUUACCUAGGAACCUUCUGGAUGAUGAGGAAAGACUCAGCAGCUUUGGCUCUCCCAAGCACGGCCCAACACUGUCCACGAGCACCAGCAGCUUUGAGGCACUAGACCCACAUGACCCAAAUCUGAGUCACCUUGCCUCACUCAUGUUCUCCCACACUUCAAACUACCUUCAGGGGGAGUUGUCUGCUGUGCUGGAAGAUUACACUCUACUGGAGCAGAUGAACCGUGCAACUAUCACCAAGUAUUCUGAUAUGAGGCAGAUUGGUGGAAGUGUCAGCCGAGCACUAAAGGAUCUGAAUGAGAAGUAUUUGGCACUUCAGCCUUACCUGGAGCAGAUUGACCAGAUUGAGGACAGUGUUACCAAGUUAGAAGCUGCAGCCUAUAAACUUGAUGCUUAUUCUAAAAGACUUGAAACAAGGUUUAAAUCCCUGGAAAAAAAGUAAAGUUCCUUCCUAUGUAUAAUUUUACAAUCAGAGAUUAUUAUAAUUAUAACUUUUUUUUUCCUUAAGACAUCCACGUUUUAUCUUUAAAUAUUGUUGAUGUGUGAUGUGUGUAUAAGACAAAUUUAAUAUAUAAAAGUGGAUGCACUGAUCCAGUAUUCUAAUAUUGAUGUAUAUAAUAUUAACACAAGUGAGUGGAUGCAUCAGACCGACAAUGGUAGAGGGUGCUUUCCUUGCUUCCUGCCCACCACCACAGCAAGAUCCAUAAUCUCUUACCUGAAUAUCACUUGCUCACAGCUUCCCUCUGCCAGUGGACAAUCCAGAGCAUAAGAUUCAGAAGGGGAGAGCAGUUGUCAUCCAUAGAUCUUGCUUUGAAUCUCACUUGUCUAUAGAGAAAAAGAUUUGUGUAUAAGUUAUCUACCAAAGUAUAUACUACCAUGUUUUCAACUGAAUGUUCUAUUACAUAUUUCUAACAUUAUAUGUUAAACAGGCAACUUUAUUGUGGGGGCGGGAAAGAUGGGGUGACUGUCUCUGAGGAUAAUAGAGGAAUAACAUGCAGCAUUCCUAUUACCUCAUUAGCUGUAGAUCUGUUCUUGUUUUUCCCUUCAGUGGUAAAGUCAUAAUGUCUAAAUUAAAUAGGUUGCAAGGAUGGUUAUAUAGACAGUGAUUCUUCUGAAAUAAUGUAGUACCUGAUCUCUCUCUCUCUCUCUCUCUCUCUCUCUCUCUCUCUCUCUCUCUCUCUCUCUCUCUCUCUCUCUCUCUCUCUCUCAUCUUCAUCCUAUGCAGCCAUCAUUAUUUCUUGUGCAUUUAUUGACAGUAAUGUGAUAAUAAUCUUGUGGCAUGUCUCAUCACAAAAUUCAUUGCUCUCACCUUUAUAUUUAUAUUGGUAGUUAUCUGGAGAUGGAAGAUUUUGAUAAGAGAGAAUGGUCUCAAUUGUAACUGUUGUGAAUGUGAAAGAAAGCAUAUUAAAGGUUUUGAAAAAUUUUAUGACUGGAAAAGGCAGAGUGUAAUGUUGAAAUUAGUAAGUAAAGCAAUGUCAAAAAAUAUUAAUAUUAUAAGUAUACAG